AUGAAAUCGAAGGAACCCGAACCACCAGCAAAACAAGAAAACUCCACUCACAAUGAUGAAGAAAAGGAAUCUAAGAAACCUGUUCAUCUCGAUAUAAUGGCACAACAGCUGAAGUUCGUUGCUUGUUUGAAAAUAUUGAUGGAAGAAUUAUCAACGCUCGCGACGGGUUACGAGGUAGACGGAGGACAGCUUAGAUAUCAGCUCUAUUUAUGGCUUGAAAGAGAAGUAGAAGCUCUGCGACAGCUGUGUAACUAUAGUCCUGCUUCAGACUUUCCUGAGUCGCAAUAUGAUAUAGUUGAGGCGAUUCAGGAUGUGAGGGGAUGCGACACACCUACGCUGAGCAAGGAAAAGCCUACGUUACAUGAAAUUCUAAUGGCAGAAAAAUGUGAUUUCGAAGCCAAAGUUCAAAGAGCUGCUAGGAGAAAGAGAUGGCUGAAAGCCAAUGAAACUCUAUUAAGAACUCUGCUGUCUUACUGUUCACUUCACGGGGCGUCUGGCGGCGGGCUGGCUUCUGUUAGGAUGGAAUUAGUCUUGCUACUUCAAGAGCUUCAGCAGGAGAAGACUCAGCAGCAACUGCUGUCGCCUUUACCUUUCCCGACUACUCUGCCGCUGUUGUCUGCUAGCGUUGCUUGCAACAAAACCGUCAUAGCCGAUCCGGUUAGACAUUUACAGUCAUUAGCGCACGACAUGCUUCAGACAAUAAUCGAGCAGAGGAAUGCGCCUACGUUAAAUUCAGUCAAUUUCAGUGAAGUAUUUGUUCUUAGAGAUUUAGCGGUUGCGUUAUCUGCUUGCAUUUACCAAUCCCUCUGUGAUUCUGAUACCUGCUCGGUUAAGGUAGCAGUGGACAGCCUACAUGGUUCUGCCCUCGAUACAUUAUCUUAUGUCAACUCCAGCAGUCACCUUAUCGCAACUCAGCAACGCAAAAGAAGAUAUUCUACGGAUGAACCUCUACAAGUUACAACUCAACCUUCAAAAUGGCCUGGUGUUACAAAUUUAAGAGCACUUUUAGCAAGAGAAAAAGACGAAGAUACACCACGUCUAAACAUUUUGCUGACCGAAGCGUUUGUCGCUACGUUCAUGUCUUUAACGGUUUAUGCAUUAGCUACAUGUGAUUGUCAUAUUCUUUACCGACUUGUCGGUCAAAAGUUCUGCGAUAGAACUUGGGGUACAUUGUAUGGAGGAGGUGUUAAAAAGCUACUGAGAGUAGCCCAGACAUCAGGUGGAGGCGUUAAUUCUAUUAACCGUGGAAGUGACGAAGGAAGCACAGAAUCGGUUUGGAAUACGAUGACAUCGUUAACGAAGCAAAGAAUUCGUAUGAACAUGAAGCUACUCGGUCAGUUUGGAUCGCAACCCGGAACGCAGAACAUCAAGGAAGAUAAACCCACCUAUAGGGAGCAGUUCCUCCCUCCGGAAAUGUCCAUGAUUUCAUAUUUCCUAUCAAAGCCAAUAUUAUCAGAAGAUGCUCAACUGUUGGAUUAUGAUUCUGGCGGUUCCGAAAGAUCUGAUUCUGAAAGCGAAGGCGAAGAUGUUUUUGAUGGUGAUAAAUGUGAUACUCACAGUAUGACAGACCCAAGAAAGGAGAACACAGAACAUUCCAAUCCUAACAGUUACUCCUGGGCAGUCAUGAGGCUAGCGAUAAUCCGUGUCAUCCGUGGGCAUCCUCGCCAUUGGUCUGCCGCACCUGCUCGUAGGCUAUGGAGUUACCUAGUCAGACAGGAACCUGUAACGGAACUAUUCGUUAAAUGUGUGUUCGGAAAGAGACCGCACAGUAGGAGUGGGGAGAGCAGAAGCGAUGACGGGGUGGUUCCUCACCAUCCCCCUCCCCAUGCUGUCCCGGAACCCAUCCGCCUCAUUCACAAGGAUCAAGAUCAGAUAUCGGCAGGCGAGCUUGAAAACGCUCAGUCUGCCAGCGGUUUCUUGGUAAUUCAGACACCUCUUGACAAAAUGCAAGCAUCACCGAAUCCUUCGAGUUCUAGUCCUCAACCGGGAAUAGCUGUACAAUCAGGAAGAGGAGCAUCCAUGGUAAAAUAA